CGAGCGCCCGCCCCUCCAGACCGCCGACGCUCGGCCGCUCGCGCUCGGGCUCGCGAUGGGGAAGAAGUCCCGGGCGGUACCCGGCCGCAGGCCUAUCCUGCAGCUCUCUCCACCGGGUCCGCGGAGCAGCACGCCGGGCCGGGACCCCGACCCGGAUCCGGAUCCCGAGCCUGACUCGACGGCGGCGGCGACCAUCCAGUCAGCCCCGGCGGCGGCCGCGACGUCGCCCGCGGUGCCUGCCGCCGCCGCCCCGGAGGACUCUCCUUCGGAAGAUGAACAGGAAGUGGUGGUGGAGGUUCCCAAAGUUGUUCCAAAUCCUCCAAAACCAGUCAUGACCACCAGACCCACAGCCGUUAAGGCAACAGGGGGUCUGUGCUUGCUCGGUGCUUAUGCUGACAGCGAUGACGACGAGAGCGACAUCUCUGAAAAGACAGCGCAGUCCAGAGAGGCCGACAGGAACCAGUCAGCUGACAUUGAUAGCACACUGGCAAACUUCCUUGCGGAGAUUGAUGCCAUAACAGCUCCUCAGCCUGCAGCUUCUGUGGCAGCUUCUGCUCCCCCUCCAACUCCACCUCGACCAGAACCAAAGGAAGCAGCAACACCUGCCCUUUCUUCCACCUCAUCAAAUGGAACAGACUCAACCCAGACACCAGCGUGGCAUUAUGAUACUCAGUGUUCACUGGCAGGAGUUGAAAUUGAGAUGGGAGAUUGGCAAGAAGUCUGGGAUGAGAACACAGGUUGCUAUUAUUAUUGGAACACACAAACAAACGAAGUAACUUGGGAGUUACCCCAAUAUCUUGCCACACAGGUGCAGGGAUUACAGCAUUACCAGCCCAGUUCUGUAACAGGUACUGAAGCUGGUUUUAUGGUAAAUACAGACACAUAUACAAAGGAGAAAACUAUUACUGUUUCCAGUAAUAAAAGUGGACCAGUCAUAGCCAAACGAGAAGUUAAAAAGGAAGUGAAUGAAGGAAUUCAAGCUCUUUCCAACAGCGAGGAGGAAAGGAAAGGGGUGGCAGCAGCGUUGCUUGCUCCCUUGCUGCCUGAAGGAGUGAAAGAGGAAGAAGAAAGAUGGAGAAGAAAAGUCAUUUGUAAAGAAGCAGAUCCCGUGUCAGAGGUGAAGGAAACAAGCACAGCAGCAGAGGAAAUGGGGACUGUCAUGAAGCCCCAGGAAGUCACCCUGGACAGCUUAGAAGACCCUUCUCAGGAGGAUCUUUGCAGUGUUGUUCAGUCUGGAGAAAGUGAGGAGGAAGAAGAGCAAGAUACCCUUGAGCUGGAGCUAGCUUUGGAAAGGAAAAAAGCAGAGUUAAGAGCCUUGGAAGAAGGAGAUGGAAGUAUGUCAGGGUCUAGUCCACGUUCUGAUGUCAGCCAGCCAGCAUCUCAGGAUGGAAUGCGUAGACUCACGUCUAAAAGAGGAAAAUGGAAGAUGUUUGUUCGAGCUACUAGUCCAGAAUCCACCAGCCGAAGUUCUAGUAAAACUGGACAAGAGACUCCAGAAAAUGGAGAAACUGCAAUCGGUGCUGAAAAUUCUGAAAAAACAGAUGAAAAUUCGGAUAAGGAGACAGAAGUAGAAGAGUUUUCUGAGAAGAUAAAAGUCCAAAUAGCACCUAAAGUAGAAGAAGAGCAGGAUUUGAAAUUUCAGAUUGGAGAACUGGCAAAUACCCUGACAAGUAAAUUUGAAUUCCUAGGGAUUAAUAGACAGUCCAUCUCCAAUUUUCACAUGUUGCUCUUACAGACUGAGACUCGAAUUGCAGACUGGCGAGAAGGGGCUCUUAAUGGAAAUUACUUAAAGCGAAAGCUUCAGGAUGCGGCAGAACAACUAAAACAGUAUGAAAUAAACGCCACUCCUAAAGGCUGGUCCUGCCACUGGGACAGGGAUCAUAGACGGUAUUUCUAUGUAAACGAACAGUCGGGCGAGUCUCAGUGGGAAUUCCCAGAUGGUGAGGAGGAGGAAGAAAGCCGAGCACAAGAAGUUAGAGAUGAGAGUCCUCCUAAGUCGGCUGUGAAAGAUAAAACCUGCGCUGACCCCAACUCCACAGAGUCCUCUGAGAGCUCCACAGGUUCUCUUUGUAAAGACUCAUUUUCUGGCCAAGUCUCCUCAUCACUCAUGCCACUGACUCCUUUCUGGACCCUCCUGCAGUCAGAUGUACCUGUGCUUCAGCCUCCAUUGCCUCUGGAGAUGCCUCCACCCCCACCUCCACCCCCAGAGUCUCCUCCUCCUCCUCCUCCACCUCCUCCUCCACCUCCUCCUUUAGAAGAUGGGGAGAUUCAAGAAGUAGAAAUGGAGGAUGAAGGAAGUGAGGAGCCUCCUGCCCCAGGAACAGAGGAGGAUACUCCUUUGAAGCCUUCAACACAGACCACGACUGUAACUAGCCAGAGUUCAGCUGACCCUUCCACCUCUAGUCCCCCAUCUGCUAAAGCAGUAAAGAGAAAGGCCGCAGAGAUUAGCACUGCAGUGGUCCAGAGAUCGGCUACUAUCGGUAGUUCUCCAGUUCUCUACAGCCAGUCAGCUAUAGCUGCAGGUCACCAAGCAAUGGGGAUUUCACACCAGGCUAUUGGGAUGGCGCACCAAGCAGUGUCAGUUAGCCAUGCAGCAGCAGGAAUGGGUCAUCAGGCCAGAGGGAUGAGCCUGCAGUCAAAUUACCUUGGACUAGCAGCAGCACCUGCAAUUAUGAGUUAUGCUGAAUGUUCUGUCCCAAUUGGAGUGACCACGCCAUCAUUGCAGCCAGUUCAGGCUCGUGGAACUAUGGCCGCACCUGCUGUCGUAGAACCACCACCGCCUCCUCCUCCACCACCUGCACCUGCACCACCUCCGCCGCCACCAGCGCCCAAAGUGCCACCACCUGAGAAGACGAAAAGAGGAAAGAAAGAUAAAGCAAAGAAAAGUAAAACCAAAAUGCCAUCUUUGGUAAAGAAAUGGCAGAGUAUCCAGCGAGAGUUAGAUGAGGAAGAUAAUUCGAGUUCCAGUGAGGAGGACCGGGAAUCCACUGCGCAGAAGCGAAUCGAGGAGUGGAAACAGCAGCAGCUGGUCAGUGGCAUGGCAGAAAGAAAUGCAAAUUUUGAAGCCCUUCCUGAGGAUUGGCGAGCAAGACUGAAGAGAAGGAAAAUGACUCCCAACACUUAGUUUUAAUUUUAAAAAAAUGGGUUUUUUUGUUUUGUUUUAUGUUUAAAGUCUUAACCAGUUCUAAACUGCUGUCAGAUGAACUGUAUAUGUCAUGAGGAAGAACACCCUGGACACACCCGUGCAUAUGGAGUUGUCCGUUUAGGAGGUGUGGUUCUCUGUGUGCUGAAGGAGGGGUGGGAUUGCUUUGCCCCGACUGUCUCUUUUCACACUGGCAAGCUUAGCACGCCAGAUACGAGUCAGUCCUGAGGAGCAUGGGAGUCACGGGCAACAGGAAAUGCCCACUCGAGGCUUGUUCAGUUCCUCGCGCGACACUCUCCUUACCUUCUACUCCGAACAAGUGCGAUUCAGAAGGCAGCUCUGUGUCCUGUCUUGCUUGACCAUCAGAAUCUUUGACCUCUUCCUCGAGUCUGCUGCCCCUGAAGUAUUGAGAUCGUUCUGGUGGCCACAUUUUCUCAGAACCUACAGCAUUCAUUUCACAGCAGGUGGUGUGUUCACAGGCAAGCAGGAGGAGCAGCAGCAGGUGUUCAGAUCCUUGAUUUCAAGAAGUUCCCCUAAGUAUGUGGUAGUAAGUAAAAUAUGCCACUUUGUGUACUGUCUCCAUUGUGUUACCCACUUGAAAUCCCCCUCUGUAAGAUUCCAGUGUUUAAGAAGCAGUCCACUGCUGUGUGCUUUCUAUUGUAUCACAAUCAAGAAAGGUCACUUUAAACUGAAGAAAAAGCAGAUUGUGUCUUAAAGCUGUUUGUAUUUCUCCAGUUUCUGACAUUGUAAAUUUGUACAUACGCACUAAUAAAGCUCUUUUAUACUUGU